UUUUAAUUUUUUUAUUUUUACACUUCAAAAUAUAUAUUUUUUUAUUAUUUUUACGGAAUUCCAGAUAAAAAUCUCUACAUUAAUUAACCGAACAACCUAAAUCACAAAAAUUAAAAAAAAAUAAUAUAUAGAGUAAUUCUAUUAUUUUUACAAUAAUAAAUUUAAAUCAAUUAAUUUAUUUAAUAGAAUUUGUUACAUUGUAAACGUACAACCUUUUUUUUUUUCUUUUUUCUGUUUUUAUAUUGGAAAGACCUUAUUAAAUCUCUUUUUUCUUUCCUUCCAAGAGAGGAUCAACAUAAAAUCAUAUACUGUUUUUAUAAUAGAAUUUAUUUUGAUAAGAUUUUUUGGGUGUAGAAAAAAAAGGAAAAAAAGAAAAAGAUUAGGUAAAAAUUAGAAGCCCAAACUAAAUAAGCCCAGAUAGGCAGAUCUAAAUGUGUGUGGAGAGGCAGUAAACGCCUUCUCUUCCCUAUUAAAACCAAUUCAAAAAGUCUUCUCUUUACCUUACCAAAUUCCUAAUCUGUCUCCACUCUCCUUCUCCGCCAUCCUAAAUCCCGAUCCCCCAUUUCUAUACAUAAACAAAGAAAAACCCCAAUUCAUUCAGAUCUAAAUCUAGGGUUAGGGUUAGGGGCAAGCAAUCGAGCCAGCGAAAAUGGGGAGAGGCGGAGCUUUGUCCGAGAGCGUUGUGAAGAAGGUGCUUCUCUCCUACGCCUAUGUAGGGAUCUGGAUCUUCCUCAGUUUCACCGUUAUCGUCUACAAUAAGUACAUCUUGGACCGUAAGAUGUACAAUUGGCCAUUUCCCAUCUCUCUAACCAUGAUCCACAUGGCUUUCUGCUCCUCCAUAGCUUACCUCCUUGUCCGCGUCUUCAAGCUCGUCGAGCCAGUUUCAAUGUCCAGGGAGCUGUAUAUUCAGUCAGUCGUACCAAUUGGUCUUCUCUAUUCCCUUUCUCUUUGGUUUUCUAAUUCUGCUUAUAUUUUCCUAUCUGUUUCGUUUAUUCAAAUGCUUAAGGCUCUUAUGCCUGUUGCUGUUUACUCCAUUGGGGUUUUGUUUAAGAAAGACGCUUUCAAAUCAGAAACUAUGUUGAACAUGGUUUCGAUCUCAAUCGGAGUCGCCAUUGCCGCUUACGGCGAGGCAAAAUUCGAUACAUGGGGGGUUAUGUUGCAGCUUUUGGCUGUUGCUUUUGAGGCCACCCGAUUGGUUUUAAUUCAGAUUUUGUUGAAUGCUAAAGGAAUUAGUUUGAACCCCAUUACAUCGCUUUACUAUGUCGCCCCUUGUUGCUUUGUGUUCCUUUGUAUUCCUUGGGUGGUCGUCGAAUACCCAUUGUUGAGAGACACAUCCAGUUUUCAUUUGGAUUUUGCCAUUUUCGGGACGAAUUCACUAUGCGCUUUUGCCCUGAAUCUCGCUGUGUUUUUGCUUGUUGGAAAGACUUCUGCUUUGACCAUGAAUGUUGCUGGAGUUGUGAAAGAUUGGCUCUUGAUUGCAUUCUCUUGGUCUGUGAUUAAGGAUACUGUGACACCCAUCAAUUUGAUUGGGUAUGGAUUAGCUUUCUUGGGCGUUGCAUAUUACAACCAUUCCAAGUUGCAGGGUCUUAAAGCAGCAGAGGCUCAGAAGAAACUUCAGCAGGCUGAUGAGGAAGCUGGGAGAUUGCUUGAGGAGAGAGAAGCUGAUGUCAGUGGAAGAAAGAACGAAGCCCAGAAUUGAUCUAAUUGAAAUAAAAGGUUUAGAUAGAAGAUAAUCUACGGAUGAGAUAAGGGGAAUCUUCCUUUGGAUCUUGGCAUUUACCGUCUUGAUUUCCAGGUUCUCCUUCGAAUAUGUGGUCUUAGGUAUUUAUCAUAUGUAUUUUUUUUUUCAUUUUUGUUCUAUCGUUUCAUUGUUAAAUUUAGAUGUGGUGACUCCUCCUAUGUUCCGAAGUUGAUUUGUGUCGCUCGUAGUGUCCAUUUAUCUUUGGGAACAAACCUUGAAUACUUGACUAGCAACGUCAUCAUCAUAAUAGAGUACGAUUGCAUAUGUACUUCUGCCGAUUAUAUUUUAUAUCGAUUUCGCUUCAUUAUA